AUGUUGGUUUUCGCAUUUUUCGGAAUUUUCAACGCGUUUGCUUACGACUACGAUUAUGACUACGAAACAGGAAAGAAAAAUAAAUACUCGGAUCCAGGAAACACCGGUAGUUCCGCGCUUCUAGAGAUCAAGGAAGGAGAGGACUGGUAUACAGUCACGGACAAAUACGGAAAAAAGAAACUGAUCAAGUUCGACUUCCAAAUCAUCGAAGAGAAAAACGCGAAAUACUGCGGCUUCAUCAAAAUUGGCUACAACCUGCGAAGAACUCUGAAAAACGAGAACUAUGGAAAUCUUGUGAUCGGAAAAUACAUCAGCGAUUUCUUCGAUGUUUACGAUAAAUGCGGAGGGGAUGAACUUCCAUGCGAUUUUUUCGAAGCAAAAACGGCGAGAAAGACCGCCGAAAAAUUCUUUUCAUUUCUCAAGAACACAAAAAAGCACUGCAACGAUUAUAAACUAAACGAACUAAUCGACAAAAUCCCCAGUUCAGUCAAUACCAAAGAAUUCUCCCUUCGCCACCGCACGCUAAAAAAUCCUCCUUUCUUCCUCGCCCCAGCUUUUCUCGUGUCAGAAUCCGAUAGUAGCGGCUCGGGCUCAGGCUAUAUUCCCCGACCAACACGAACGAAGAAAACGACAACAUACAAAACAACCACCACUACAACCACUACAUCGACGACUACAUCGACUUAUUCCUUCACCUAUCAACCUUACGAGCCGGAAAUAACCGAAAUCGUCCAUUUUCCCGAAUUUGUCGAAAAUCCUCCAAGCUACUGUCCUAAUGAAAAUUUGAUCGUGCCAAAUUUUGUCAACAAUCCUACUGAGUGCCAAGUGAAGUACUCAUUUGUCUGCAUCUUCGCUCGGCUGGAUAAAUUCAGAAAAGAAAAUUACAGCUGUUUUGAUGAGUUCAGCCAUGUUGCUGGAAGAGUUCUGCUUGAAAUUACGAGAUUAUCUGUUGUUGGAGAUGGCGAUCGUCACUGUAUCUACCGAACCUUCGAGGCUCCCUGCUUUCUUCUCAACUUUUCGACCUCCCGAACGAUUUCCGAUUUCUCGAACAGUCUAACAGACAUCAUCCGCUACAUCGACAGCGAGUGCGGAAAAGACUCGCUCAAGGAAACGAUCAUGAGAGACAUUCCCGUUCUCAACUCAAUCAGUCAAAACUGCUACAAGCCUUCGUACUAA